AUGCAGUCUCGCCAAUGGGACAUCCUCCAGGAAGAAGCGCUUGGACGGCUGAGAUCUCGGGACGUAAAGGGUGGGGUAGGAGGGCGGCACCAUCCCCCCUCCGGCCCGCCCCGUUCUGUAGCCCCGAGGAGAGGCGGCGGCUGUCGGUGUCGCCUCGGCCCCUUCUCCGAAGGCUCGGAGGAGCCCGGAAAAAGAGCUAGAGCGGCGCCGGGGGCGCGGAGGGGCGCGCGCUCGGUCCCGGCCGACGCCAACGCACGAGCGCUCCCCCGCCCCUCCCCCGCCUCAGUUUCCCCCCGGUUCCCCCAGGCCGGCGCGGGCGGGGCGGCUCACGGCGGAACGGCGUCCGCGCGGGAUCCCCGGGGGGGCGCGCACGGGGCUCGGGGUCCCCCAGCCGGGGCCGCCCCGCGGGGCCAGCGUCAUCUGAUGCUGUUUCCUGCAGGAGGGAGAAGAGCGGAAAAAAGCGAAACUCCUCCCCCGCCGCCGCCGCCUCCCGCCCCGGGGCCAAAGUACAAAGAGACCUCGGAGGGAGGAAGGAGGGAGCGCGGCAGGGGCGCGGAGGAGAGGAGGAGGAGAGCCAGCGCCAGGGUCCCGCCGCAGCCCCGCGUCCCCCAUGGUCCCGAGGCGGCGCCCCCGGGGCCCCCGGGCGCCCCGCCCCUGAGCCGGCCAGAGCCCCCUCCCCAGGGGGCGGCCCUCCUCCCCAACCUCGCGAUGAGGGGGGGGCGGCGGAGAGCCCGAUCCCCGGCACCACGUCGCUUGCCUCUCCGGGCCUCGGUUUCCCCAUCUGUUAAAAUGAGGCGUGUGCUCUAG